ACUUGAUCAUGCGCAAGAACUGCGCGGUUGACUGGAGCAGUAGCCUAUUCCAAUAAUUUCAUUUGAGCGGGGCAGAGGACUGCGUAGACUCGCAGCAGCGCAGAGUGACAGCGAACAUCUAUGCACGUUAUCGGCUCGGACAUUAAGGACCUCUGGCUUUUCUGUCGUAUUCGGAAUAUAUGUUUUUAUAGAAUGGGGUGUGCUUCUAGCAAUACCGCAGGACAAGAUCUAAGCUCAAAAGAGGAGAGUAAUGGAUCAAGUAAAGCAAAUGGAAAUGGUGGCAUUUCUUCAGAGGACAAAGGGAAAUCAGAUAAAACACCAGAAAACCCUAAGGACAGCCCAAAGAAAGAUAAUCUUGACACCCCUGCCCCUAACAAAAGCCCACCACCGAAGAAGGAAGAUGUCCCGAAGGAUGAGCCUGACAAAAACCCACCACCGAAGAAGGAAGAUGUCCCGAAGGAUGCGCCUGACAACCCUGAUAAGGAUAACCCUUCUGGGCCAUCCACCCCACCAAAAGGGGGGGUAACAAAUAACCCUGAGUCCCAAAAAGAUGAGCAACCAAAGCCCUCAAAAGAUGAGCAACCAAAAGACCCCUCAAAAGAUGAGCAACCAAAGCCCUCAAAAGAUGAGCAACCAAAGCCCUCAAAAGAUGAGCAACCAAAAGACCUCUCAAAAGAUGAGCAACCAAAAGACCCCUCAAAAGAUGAGCAACCAAAAGAAAAACCUGAAGGUGAAGAAGGUCCCAAGGAGGGAUCGUAAGACUGCACCAGAGAUGGACUUAUGCUCACACAAUCCCAUGAUGCUCCCCAAAUUUCUCAAUGUGCAAAAGUGAGACUGUCAAUCCACAGGGAACAUGUAGAGGCAGUCGAGCAGCUAUUCGAUUCAACUCAACUAUAUUUUUGCUUUAUCGGUGUAUCGAUAGCAGAUGGAUGUAUUUAUAUUUUAUCAAAAUU